AUGACGAAUGCCUUAAAUGUGGGGUGGAGCUUAGAUGAUUGGGGAAAGCCUCACCCUUCUUGGGGAUAUCCGAACACAACAAGUGGCAAAUGUACAAAGGGGAACCGUGUACCAUAUUGUUAUCCCUCGUUACCGAAAAAAGGUAACUCGAGAUGGGAAGGGCUCGAUGAAUGGUUAAAUAGAGUGUUAAUAGAGUCAAAAUCGAACCUAUGGGGCUCCCAAUUCAACCCCAGUAUAAGCUCAGGGCUUAAGGAUAAUGACAAGAAAGAAUUAACAUGGGGUCAACUAAUGGAUAAGCUCAUUGAGAAAAUACAGGCAAACCAACUAGGGACCACUCCUGAUCAGCACAAAAACAGGAUAUGGACAGGCGGAGAGUGGUAUACAGUAUUAAAUGGAAAUACAAUUUCAGAUGGAGGCUGGCCUGACACUGAGGGUGGCAAGAAUCUUCUCAUAGUAAUAGUUUGUAUUUUUACUGGAUUAAUCGAUUCAGUGAGUGAAAUCAAAAGCAAAUAUCCAGGAAGAGAGGACCUGUGCAGCAGUGUCGACAAUGGAUUACUGAAUACUCGAAACAAGUGGAAGAGUUGGUUUGGUACAAGCGGACCUAGCCCAGGGACCGUAACCUCAGAAUGCCAGAAGGGAAAUAUAGCAAAGAAAUGUGAGGAUGCCGCUAUGAGUUUAAUCCUCACCGUAUAUACAGGCAUGAGCCUAUUAUGUCCCGAAUGCGGGCCCUAUUAUAUCGACAGAUGGGUUACUGAUCCUCACAGUGAGAAUCCUGUGUCAAACUGGUACUAUUGUGGAGUAGAAGAUAACAAACUACAAUGUGAUAAGAAAGGAAGAAAGGAUGAGGGAUCCCGUAAUUUAUGGAUGAGCCCCAGGAAGGAAUUGGGUUCCAAAUGUCCGCCUCAUUGUACAAAACACCUAGGAGCGUCAAUAUCCGGAGAAAGCCAAACAACUAAACUAAAAGAAGAAGCGAAACCCCCCAAAGGCUUCCCGGAGAGCAGGCAACAGUCACAAGCCCAAAAGGAAGGUACGCCGUUGAAAGAUCCUCCGGGACCAGGAGACUUGGGAAGAGCUAACCGCGUAUCCGCUGUCUCAACUACCCACGCAGGCAACAGUUAUACAAGUCGAAUGAGUGACAACCAAGCCCGGUCACCGUCCACCCCCAAUAACGCACAGUUAACCCAAAAGGGCGAACAACACUCAGGAAAGCCGCAAGUGGAGGGGAAGAAGCCAGAGGAAACUCCAAAGCAAAGUUUCUCCCCCUUAGGGGGAGGAAGCGACCAGGCAGUCACGGAGGUCUCUGCAGUGCCGGGAACAGAGACAAAGUCAGGGCAAGAGGGGGCUGGACUAUACAGCAUUAUAGGUGGUAUACUUGGCGUUCUAUUCUUGGGGCUCGCGGGGGCCUAUGGGGUAUUUAGGAUUUGGGGCCCGCGAAGGAAACGGGGCAAGAAAAAAAGGGCCUUAAGGGGGGGAGACACAAUGAGUUAUGGUUUCCACGGCGGCUCAGGGGGCGACGGGAUCAAUAUUUCAGUCCUUCCUUUUCCGGCGUAG